UGUUUGCCUGCCACUGCAAACGCACCUGUGCUGGGCGUGCAAGGGGCAAGGUGGGCAGGGCCCGGUCGGAAGUGCCCUGUAUUUAUGCUGAAGUACGUGCAGUUCAACUACCCACUGGGAAUAUGAGCCUGCAGGAUGAUGCUUAAUCCAGGCUCAUUCAGAAGGGGCCGGGGCUGUUCCCUCCCCUCCCUUCUUGCCUCUGCGCUCAUAUAAUCCAGGCUGCCUGCCGCCAGCUUUUGCCCACUGGAAUCCCUGACCCCGAGCGCAGGAAGGUGCAGAGAGGUGGAGAACGAGCGCUUUCUCCUGCGAGAUGGCAGGGCUCUGCCUGGCUGCUGCCGCACUGCUGGUGGCGACAGUUCUUAGCAAAUACAAGAAGAGCCCGGAGCAGGUGGGGAGCCAGGCAGUGUGCUUGGCCCUGGGCCUCUGGGCGGCCGUUUGCCUCAUCAGCCUGUCCCUGUUCUGGGGCCUUGCACUCUUCUCCCUGUCAUGUCUCCUCAUGUACACUUACCUGUCUGAGCAAGAGUGGUUGCCGGUGGAUCAAAAGGCCGUUCUGGUGACAGGCAGCGACUGUGGGCUUGGCCAUGCUAUCUGCAAGCACCUGGACAAGAUGGGCUUCACGGUGUUCGCCGGGGUCUUGAACGAACAAGGCUCCGGGGCAGAGGAGUUGCGAAGGAGCUGCUCCAGUCGCCUGUCUGUGCUCCAGAUGGAUGUCACCAAGCCUGAGCAGGUCAAGGAGGCUCACAGCAAAGUUGUGGAAAAGGUGCAGGACAAAGGGCUGUGGGCUGUGAUCAACAACGCUGGGAUCUUUGGCUUCCCUGCAGACGGGGAGCUCAUUCCCAUGAAUGAAUACAAACAGUGUAUGGCCGUGAACUUCUUUGGAGCUGUAGAAGUCACAAAGACAUUUUUGCCUCUGCUUAGGAGAUCCAAGGGGAGGCUGGUGAACAUCAGCAGCAUGGGAGCAGGGGUCCCGAUGGAAAAGAUGGCGUCCUAUUCCUCCACAAAGGCGGCCCUGACUAUGUUUUCAUCAGUUAUGAGACAAGAGCUUUCCAAAUGGGGCGUCAAAGUCGCUGUUGUCCAGCCUGGAGCCUUCCAGACAAAAAUCACAGGCACGAGUGACAUGUGGGAGAUGCACGAGAAGAAGAUCCUGGAGCACCUGCCCCGCGAGGUGCUGGCGGACUACGGCGAGGACUACAUCCUGACGCUGAAGCACUUCCUGGCACACCUCCUGGACACGGCCAGCCCCGACUUCUCCCCGCUGAUACUCGACGUGCAGCACGCCCUCUGUGCCAAGCACCCUGCUGCCUUUUACUCCCCAGGGAAAAGGGCCUUCCUGUGGCUCUGCAUGGCCUCCAUCUUCCCUACUGGCUUAAAUGAUUAUCUUUGGAAAACAAAUGCUACGAAAGCACGGCACAUGCCCAGAGCGCUUAGCCUGCCCAACAGGAAUAAGGCCAUGUAGGCCUCAAAGUUGAGGAGAGGGAGAAGGACGGGGAGGGGGAGAGGAGGGAGGCGCUGUUACCCUCUUGGAGUGAAAGGGAAACUGAGAGCUUCCCCUUAGAGUUGAUUCCUACUUUGCAUUCCCUGUGAGAUCUGUUGGGUAGGGUUCUGCAGUGAAAGACACCAAGUGGUGGUCCACACUAGAGAGAGUGUUAAGCGGGUCCCUUCUACACACAUACACAUCUCAGAUACAGACCCAGCUCAGACAUAACUGCGGGCCCCUUCAGACCAUCCCAGUAAAUCCUGUGUCACAAUAAAGGGAGUCGCAUCAAUUUUUGGGUUUCCGAGGACAAAUAAAACUUAUGUUUACACUA